UUAGUAUUGGACCGCAGCUGCUUUGUUUACUUUUCUCCUGAAAGCGUUAACGUGUCUGUUAGUUCAACAAUAUUUAUCCGGGAGCGUUUUAUCGGUUUAAUUUCGGUGUUUUUGUCGGUUAAAACGUUCAUAUUUUCGCGUUUACUGUAACUUUUAAAGACAUUAAUUGAAAAUAUUGCAGAAAAUUAAAUUACAGAAACAUGUCGGCUGGUCCGCAGAUGUUCCCCUCCUCUCCGUCCUUCCCUCCCGGGCCGGGGGAGGGUUUCGCCGGCGUGGACCCUCUCAGCAGCUCGCUGUCGGAAAUGGACACCCUGCGGAUGUUCGUCAGUGAGCGGCUGACGGCGGCGGUGGACGACAUCCUGGGAGUGUUCGGGAAAACCGUGGCCCGUUACCGGGAGCAGAUAGACCACCAGCGGCGGCAGCUGGACAGCCUGGUGGCCGGGGAGGGCAGGUGGAGCCGGGCGGCAGACUGUCUGCAGUCGUCCUCCUGGAUAAAAUCUUGCCCUGAACACCAGGUCCUGAAUGUCCAGCUGCUCCAGACCAGCAACACCGAUGGGACUGACGCCGGCACCUCGGCUGCUCUGAUUAAAACAGAGGACGGCGGUGAGGACUGUGGAGGGACUGAACCAAACAACCACUUUGAUCCAUCUGCUGGUCUGGAAGCAGCGAGCGACGACCGACUCCUGGAUGAGGGCUCAGACACUGAGGACAGCGGAGAUUACUGGAGAGAAGCUGCUGAACUCUGGAAGCCAAAUGAGACGGCAGAAACAGAAGGUUCAGGGAAAGACAUGAAGAGCUGCACUGAUCUGCCGCAGCAGCACAAACUGCUUCCCACCGAGUUCAACUGCAAAGUUUGUGGCGAGUCCUUCCAGAGGAUGAGCUAUCUGCUCAAUCACUCUGCGGCGCAUCUGAGGGACUGCGGCAUUUGCGGGAAACAUCUGGAGCGCACUGACAAUUUGAAGCUUCACCUCAAAGUCCACCGAGAAUCUUCGUUCCGCUGCAGCGUCUGCGGGCAGAGCUUCACCCUGCGGGGGAACCUCAGGACGCACAUGAGGAUCCACUCAGGGGAGCGGCCGUACGCCUGCACCGUCUGCGGCAAGAGCUUUGGCAGGAGGGCGACGCUGGUGCGACACGUCCGCAGCCACACGGGCGAGAAGCCGUUCACCUGCACGUACUGCGGCCACGGCUUCGUGGAGAAGGGAAACCUGACGGUGCACCUGCGGACGCACACCGGAGAGAGGCCGUACUGGUGCUCCGUCUGCGACCGGCGCUUCAGCCAGCUGUCCUGCUUCUACAAACACCCAUGUCAGAGGAGAGGCCUGAUCUCUGCCCCCGUUAACCCCAGCUGACUGCUGCGAAACAGGACGAGGAUAACCGAGCAAAACCUCCUUCACGAAACAGAACAAUGCAGCUCAUUCCUGAUUCUAAAGGAGCAGUGAAACAUCAUUCUCUGUCAAGUGUGAAGGAUUUUGGACUCUUCUGGACGAUGCAACAAUCAUUUUAUUUAUUUGCAUUUUGGUAUCUGAGAAAUCAGGUGGUUGAUUUUCUGCAGAAGACUCUAAACACUUUCCUACCAAUGAGCCUCGACAGCUGUUUCCUUUGAGAACAAGCAAAUAAUUUGCUUUGUGAACUGAACUCAUCUUCAUGAAUCCAAAUCUGACCCAGAAUUUAAUGUAAAUUGUUUAAUUUUCAGCUCCUGUAUUUUCCAGCUCUUUUCCUGAAAUCUCCUCACAUAAUUUCCUGAAAAAUAGCUGCUGUUUAGCUGUAAAUUACAGGAUAUUUCCAAGUGAGUACUGCACAAGUACAUACUAGCAGUUAUUUUAUUGUCGAUUAACAUACUUAUUUUCAAAACUUACUGACUAGUUUGGUCUAUAAAAUGGUGCAAAAUCAGUGUUUCCCAAGAUGACAAAUGCCUUGUUUUAUCCACAGUCCAAAAAUACUCAUUUUACUGUCAUUGAGGAGGAAAGAAACCAGAAAAUGUUCAAAUUGAAGAAGCUGGAAUCAGAAAAAAACUCAAACCAACUAAUCAGUUUCAUUCUUUGACAACUAAUGGAUUAACUGUUACAGCUCUAAAUUAUAAGCUAAAUCAGUUGUUUGUUGCACAUAUAUGGGAAUUUUUAAUUUAAAUAAUUAGAAAAUUAUGUUUUUGAGGACUGAAAGAGUUCACACACUGUCUGGACUGAUGGAUGCUAAUGUCAGACCAACAUUCUUAAUCAUUGAUUUAAUAGAAAAUGAGCCACACUAAAUCACUUUAUUUAUUAAGUAGUUCAUCAUAUUGAAACAUAAUGAAUUUAGAAAGAAUGCAGUUCAACUGACGUGCAGCAGAAACACCUUUAGACAGAUGAACGGUGCUUCCAAAUUAUUCAUCUUCUCGGUUAAAUUGAUCUCAAAAUAUUUAUUGCAGUGAGGUGUAGCAUUUCAAAUAUGUAUGACUGCAUGACUUGACCUUUCCAAAUAUUGUAUUUGCUUAUCUGCGUGACAAAUAUUGUUGAGAAUAAUAGUGUAAAAACAAGAAAAGCACUCAAGAGAGGGCAGUACUCCGCCAAGGCUGAGUCAAGGUUGUAUCAUUUCCAACGGCUGCAAUCUUGAAAAAAAUUUGUGGCAGAAAUGACGACACCAUAGAAUGUGGCCGUUUAAUAUAGAUGUACCCACAAACAAAAUGACAUUGCGCUGAGCACAGGUGUGUGUUAUGCAUGUGUAUCGAAUCGCGUGACCUAAAUAUGUAGUGGGCAGCGGGAGUUGAUGGGAUUCGGAAACAUCCCCAUAAUUUAAUCAAUUGUUCCUUGUGUCAUUUCUAACAGAUAAGUCCCGAUAAGUCAUAGUGUUCACUUGUUGUCAUAGCUACAGUGAUGCCAUGCCGCUAUCUCGCCAUGAUACAGAAAUUUUUAAACAAAUCCGUGGAUCCAGACUAUAAGCCGCAUCAUGGCCAAAAUCUAAUGAGGUGGUCCUUGUGUUAUUUCUGACCCUCCCUGAAAAUUUCAUCCAAAUCCGUAUGCUGAUCGUCACACAACUCCGCCAUUCCUUGAUGGAGUAAUAACUGAUACAUACAAUUUUCUAGUUAUCCAACACUUUUUGAAAAAUUUGAUUACGAUGUGUCUAAAACUGACAAAAUAAUAAUGAAACAUUCCAGGAAGAAAUCAGAAAAUACAGGACCUGUAAAAUAUAAUGCUGUUUUCAACUGCAGGUUGUGUUUUCAGUUUUUCUACAUUCCACCUGUCAUUAAAAAUACAUGCGACACUGUUUUAAACUCUGUGAUUGGAUGUUUCUGGUUGAAAUGCACCUUAGGAGUUCGACUUUCCCGUACCUUUGACUUUUGAACAAAGAACGAGACGUUUUUGUUCAUAUUUUCUACUGAUAACUUCAAUCCAGCAUGCAGAACUUUGGAACGUUGCUGCUGAAGCCUCUGCUGAGCUGAGAAUUAUAUUAGUACUGAAUAUGGACCAGAAAAUGAGAACCGUGAAACAAAUAAAGGCUUUCUGCUUCAUUAGUGGUGUCGCAACAAUGAAUACAAUCUGCACGCUCUCCCAGGACAUGUUGUAAAUUCAGAAUUAAGAGAUAACAAGUACCGAGAUAAAAGGUCAGAACUGGAGAGAUAUUUGUGUCAGUCGAAGGAGGCGAGAGUCAUUUAGAUGUCUGACGACCUGCAGAUAAAAAGUCAAAACUGUAAGAGAGUAAAGAUAUAUAAAAAAUAUUCAAAUAAGUGCAAACUGUGAGAUUGGAAAAAAAACUUUAGAUAAAAAAUUCUAAAUUACAACUUUAAAAAUUCAAAAGUAAGAUUAAAAAGUCUGAAUUGACAGAAAAAAUGAAACUUGUCAAUUAAAAAAACUAACUUAAAAAUAAAAAGUCAAAAUUGUGAGAAAAACUUAAAUAAAAAGUCAAAAAUGUGAGAUACAAUGUAAAGAGUUGUAUGUUGGAAAGUGAAAAUUAUGACAAAAGUAAAAAUAAAAACUUCAAGAAAAUGACAAUAAAAAAUGCAAAAAAAUAGAUAAGUCAAAAUUAGGAUAAAAAAGUAAAGUUAGAAGAUAAAAACACACUUAGAAAGUCAAAUUGUGAGUUCAAACGGUCAAAUUAAAAAGAUAAGUGAAAUUUGGGAGAUGUGAAGUGAAAAUUUGUGAUUUAAACAAAUUAAAUUGUAAGAAAAAAGUCACAAUUUUAAGAGGCCAGUUUAUUGUCUCAAAAAAAUCUAAGAUAAAUAGUUAAAAUGAACCAUUAGAGUCAAAACUGAGAUAGAGUGAAAAUUAUGUUUUUAAAAAAUCUAAAUUAUGAGAUAAAUACCAUGACUGUGUUAGAAAGUAAAAAUUACAAAAUGAAAAGUCAAAAUUAUGAAACAGAAACUCACAGUUGUCAGAUAAAAUGUCAACAUUUUGUUAAAAGGUAAAAGUUGUGAGAUAAAUAAAAAAUAUGACAUCAAAGGUAAAAAUGAAUACAAAUGGAAAGCAAAAAUUAUGAGAUAAUUAAAAAUUUCAAGCCAAAUUAUGAUAAUAGGUCUAAAUUAUGAUAGAAAAAAGUAAAAAAAAAAAGUGAGGUAACCAACACUGAGUAAAAAGCCAAAAUUAUGAGACCACCCCAAGUUUUCUCUGAAUAUUGUUUGAACUGAGACAUUUUUUUUCUCUUUGAAACAAUAAUAAUCAUUAAAUAAUAAUGAUUAUAACAAUAGCAAUAAUAAUAACAAAUUGUGUUUUAAAAUGUCAUAGAUAGAUAGAUAGAUAGAUAGAUAGAUAGAUAGAUAGACAGAUAGACAGAUAGACACUUCAUUGGUCCCGAGAGCAAAAUGUAUUACUAUUGUUAAUUAUAAUUAAUAUCAUAAAAUAAUCAAUGAUAAUAAUAAGUUUCAAUACAUGACAUUUUAAAACAAUUUAUUGCAUGCACAGACAUUAUUACAAGACUUCUUUGCAAUAUUGUUGUUGUCAAUUAACAAGUUCCAUCCAUCCAUUCUCUAUACACCGCUUUAUCCUCAUUAGGGUCACGGGGGGUGCUGGAGCCUAUCCCAGCUGACUCGGGUGAAGGCAGGGGACACCCUGGACAGGUCACCAGUCUGUCACAGGGCUACAUAUACAGACACACAAUCACACUCACAUUCACACCCACGGGCAAUUUAGUUAUCAAUUAACCUCAGCAUAUUUUUUAGACUGUGGGAGGAAGCCGGAGUGGCCGGAGAAAACCCACACAUGCACAGGGAGAACAUGCAAACUCCAUGCAGAAAGAUCCCAGGCCCAGGCCGGGAUUUGAACCGGGGAUCUUCUUGGUGCAAGGCGAAAGUGCUAACCAGUACACCACUGUGCAGCCCAAAUAAUAACAAUAUUAUGUGCUUAUUAUAUCUAAAAAAAGAGACUCUCUGUAACCAGAGGGGAAAUUGAGGGUUGGAUGUUUUAAGUUUUGAAACUAUGAAUAAUAUGUUCAAAAUUAAUUGGUUAUGUCACCUCAUCAGAGAAAAUGUUAAUAUGAGGAAUGUAAUUCCAAAUUAUGUAUUCAAAAAAUUAGGAGGAAUUCAUUUUUUUCUCAAAUGUAAUUAUAAAAUUGACAAAAUACCAAUUCAGUUAUCAAACUUCCAUAACAGGCGUUGCUCUCCUGGGGGCUGAUCCACAAACGCGGCUUUUCGCCAACCAGCUGCUACAUAUGGAACAACCAACAUAUACAGCACAGAAACAAAACAAUAUUUUACAAAUCUUGGUUUGAUCAGGGAGUAUUAUGGGUCAAUCAGUCAAUCGAUGAACAAGGACAAAUCUUACCUUACAACCAAUUUAUUAACAAAUACCAUCUCACAAUCUCACAAACAGAAUACACUACAAUUUCCAACACAAUACCAAUAGGAAUUCUGCAGCUCCUGAAAGAUUCCCAAUUCCACCCUCUUACUCAGAAAAAUGAUGCCACAUUAUUCAUCCAUAACAUAGACAUAACAACCAAAGUCUGCUCAAAUAAAUUUAUCAGGAAUCUCAUUCAACCUUCAAAUGGACCGGCAGCCAACUCUUACUGGAGUUCAUUGUAUGGGGAGAUAAACUGGAGAGAAGCGUGGCUGGUUGGAGAGAAGCUGUUCAUUCACAAUAAGGUCAAAGAAAUAUCUACAAAAUCUGUCACAGUGUAUAUCUGGCAAAAAAAAACCCUGGAGAGGUUUAAAUUAAAUAUAGACUAUAACUGUGACUUUUGCCACACAGAACCAGAAACCAUCAUCCACCUCUUUUAUCAAUGCUCAUACAGUACAAACCUCUGGAAUCAUAUACAAAACCUAAUCCAUAACAAAACCGGACACAGGAUCGUCCUCCAGGAGAGCCACAUCCUCUUUCAGUUUGAAAAUCCCUCCAUACCUUACGGUCUUUCCCUUUUGUUACAGACUAUCAUCAUGCUGUUCAAAUUUCAUAUUCACUAAAGGAAAUGGGCAAAGAAAAAACCAAAUGGAAAAUACUUUGAAAAUGAACUCAAACAAUACUUUAAUACAAUAACAACAUCAUCAAACAACAAAGCCAUAAAAAUAUCAGACUUGUUUAUUAAAUACUUAAAAUUAACUGAUCUAAUAUAAAUUUGUUUAUAUUAUUAUUUAUUAGUUAAUUUCAUCCUCUUCUACUCACAAUCUGGACGAAUAUCAUCUGUCCCACAUGGUUGUAAUACUCCCUUUAUAUGACUCUUUGUGUUUACAGUGUAAUAUGAAUAAGUUGUUGUUUCCAUUUUGUGUUAUUCUCUAUGAUCAUUUUCAGUUAACACCCUGUAUAACCUCUUUGUGUUAAAUUUUUUAAAAAGUGCUAAUUUGAAAACCUGAUUUUACUCUUCACUUCCAGCAGGAGGCGGCUAUGGCGGCAAACACCGCGACGCUUACUGGGCAUGCGCACUCAGAUUAACCCGGAAGUGUAUCUAGUAAACAAUCCGCCGGACCACGAAGCCUCAGAGAUCGGAGUCCAGCUGCUUGUACCGUCAGUCUUCCCGGUUUACCGUCAGUCCGCCGCACGUACCACCUCCGAAAUGUCUAAAAUCGAGAUGCUGAGGCUGCUCAUCAACCAGCGGCUCACGGCGGCCGCGGAGGAAAUCUUCGAUGUGUUCGGGAGAACCAUAGCGGAAUACGAGGAGGAGAUCUCCCGCUCCAAGUUGGAGAUCGACCGCCAGCGCCGUCUGCUGGACCUAUCGAGGCAGCCGCGGAUCUCCCUGCAGGUCGACGGCUCAGCGAUCUCUGAGCAACAGGACUGGAGCUCCAGCGUGGAAACGAACGACGAGCAGUCGGCUCUCAUCAAAGAGGAGGACGACGAGGAUGUGUGGUCGGAUCAGCAGGACGACACGCCGCAGACAUCCGAGCACAACGACGUCAACUUCGUGUUGUUCCAGAGCGGCGGAGGCAGACAGCGGCAGGACAACGGCCACCGGAGAUCCUCGCUCCCGAAGUUCCCGAGUCAGGACCUGGAGGACUUGGAACUGGACCCCCAGCCGGGCACCUCGCUCCAGCAGAGCUGCUCCGACCUCAAUGAAGACGAACCGGAAGAGUCGGAUCUGGCUGCAGGUAAUGGCGACUGUGUGGAACUGGAGGUGCCCCUGCCUGAGAUGGUGGACUCGUACAUUUGCACCAUUUGCGGUCGGGCGUUCGCUCAGCGUGGUCACUGGGCCAAACACGUGCAGGUUCACCGCAAAAUUGAGACCAAAGUCGACAAAUCGUACACGUGCGACAUUUGCGGGAAAAGACUGACGCGAUUCGACGGUUACCAGAAACACCUGAGGAUCCACACGGGCGAGAAGCCGUACAGUUGUGACGAGUGUGGCCGCAGGUUCAGCGACAACUCGAACUACAAACGACACAUUCGCACACACAAAGUGCAGAAAGCACAACAGAGCUGAGGACGGGCUCACACUGACGUCUCACUGAGCAAACAAAAAACAGCCAAGAUGAGGAAAAAAAUUAGAUGUUUGCUUCCUUCUUAAGCUAAACCCUCUCCAAAAAGCAGAUUAUGUGAAAACAAUCUGCGUCCUGGUUUUAAAGAAGUCCUGGUUUUACUUACAGUUUGCUCUACUGUAACAUGGACGGAUGAGAAGAGGAAGAAGAGGCCAAACAGCUGCCACUGAACUAAAAAUUUUAGAGUAUUUUAUCAUUGUGGACUGAUAACCGGAGGCAAAACGUUUGACGUGAGCGGAUUUUACGUAUUUAUCCAAGGACCAAGAUGGGGAGAAAGAGACAAAUGUAGUAUUUUUCUAUCUUAUAUAUUUUAACAGACAUUUAUACACUGGAGGAAACAGGAGUUGCAGUUUACGGUUUUACAGUUCGCUGGAAGAUCUUUUUAUUUUCCAGUGCAGUAAAGCAAAGCAUUUUGCUUGUUGCAAAGUUUGAACACUAUGGAAACAUACAAGUCUGGAGUUUGUAUUUGGGAUGUUGGGAACCUUUGAAUCCCAGUUCAGGUUGUUGACUCAGAUCAGAAAAUCAAUAUUGCUUCAGGAACAGCUGGUAUGACAUUUACUAAAGUAAUAAAAUGUCAUUACUUUAAAACUCAA